CCGCAUCAUGACAAAAAACAAGUCGCCACUUGUUCUUUGUAUUAUAGUGUACUUCCCACUUGGACCAGGGGAAUUUCCAGUGAUUUAUUUCAUCGCAGGUCUAAGCGCGCAUGUGCCUGCUGAAGCAUAUAGCAUCGUGCUGUCGACAGUGGCAAGGCACGGGUUCUUCGUGCUCGGGAUAGACUAUGGUUAUCCUCUAUUGGACGCAGUUUGGGAGGAUCUGAACGUGUAUUUCGAGGAACUAAAUUUUGUAAGGUUCCAUAAAAGAUACAAAGAAUCAUGGUGUGAAAUAAAUGUUCAUUUUUUGGCCAGCGCCUUCAUGGAACCGUACAGCCAGCUUGUCCACGGAACAAAACUCAACAACUACACGGUGCCCGCCCUUAUGUAUGGUACCCCGCUUUCAGAGUAUGGUUUCCCAAACUGUAACGUGCGCGGAUACGACUGCAUUCAGUUUUAUAAUGUAUGGAAGUACGUCAGGGUCGCUCUGGAAGUAGCAGUUUGUUUUGGACAUUGUGACUUUCUGGACCCUGUUGCGUGGGAAGGAUGUCACAUAAUACACGUUUGCAAGACAACCAACAGCACGCGGCUGGAUCAUGACAGACAGACUGUUCAAGGCUUCAUAUCCGCUUUCUUCGAAACGACGUUACAGGCGCGUCAUGACGUCAUCGAUUAUGUUAAAAACACCAUUCUAUACAUAGAUGGUGACGUCACUACGUUAUUGUCAUCAAGAUCGGUGGGUGCACAAUGUUAAAAACACAACAAAGAUUUAUACUAAGGUGCUGGUCAGCAAAAGUGAAUGUACUUGUUGAUACUGACCAUAAGCUUACCGGAUGAUGACAUCAUUUGUCCGGUUGAUGACGUUGUAGUGAUGCCACUUUUCAUGAAGUCAAACGUUUAUUUACAAAACCGUUUUAAAAAGUGAACGUGUAUUUAUUUAUUUUGAACAAAACAAUUUUGAUAUCAUAUC